AUGACGAUGAACGCAGAACAAACUGCAAAUACACAAGUGGACUCCACAGAAUUAAAUAUGAAACAUAUUGUGAGAGUCCCGAAUUUUAACAAAAUAAAUCUAACGGUAUGGUUUGUACAAGUGGAACGAGUUUUUCGUCUAAAAAACAUUCGAGACGAUAUAGACAAGUUCAAUUGGGUGGCAGUGAAUCUGGAUGCAGAUAUCGUGAUGGUUGCUGAAGAUUUAAUUACGAAUCCCUCAACAAAUAAUAAAUAUGAAACACUGAAGACACGUUUGUUUAGAAAAUUUGCAGAAUCACCCGAAUCCAAGUUGCGGCGCCUACUUCAAGGUGGAGAUACUGCGGGUAUGAAGCCGUCGGAAAUACUUUCGAACAUAAGACGUCUGGCACCGGAUCCCAAUAGCGAACAAAUCAUUCCCACGCUUUUUCUCAGCGAAAUGCUCAAAUCGAUUCGUCCGGUAUUGGCAAUUAGGGAAGAGGAUGAUCUGAAAAAACUAGCCAAAUUAGCUGAUAAAAUUCUGGAGGCGUUAACAACAAACGCAAUGUAUAUGUGUGAAGUAUCGCCACAGCCUACGCAAAUCGCGGCAACGGUGUGCAGUACGGCACAGAAUGAUUUGUACACAGCUGUUCAACAACUUACUGACCAAGUUAAAAAGCUGCAAGUUGAAGGUAAACAACUCAGAAAAACAACCACGAGUCGCAACGGUUCUCGAUCGCGCUGGCCUUUAAGCGAUGUCAACGGUCAACAGCGACAUCAUGACAAUUUGUGUUACUACCAGUUUGGGGACAGUGCCACCAAGUGUAAGCCAAGCUGCUCACGAUGGGCACCGUUAAACUAA